GACAGUUGUAGUAUCACCGUGGGGUAGUGUCUCCUCGAUCCGGCGGACCAACGACGUCACGCGAGGAGUGUUCUGAUGGAAACGAGACGAAAAAUCAAAUCAGCAAUCCCAUCAACUUCCAGCAACCUUCCUGUUCGACUGUUCCUCCCCAGACUCACUGGCGAUCGAUUCCAUCUUCCCGUUCCAUCUGUCCAUCCAAUUCUUCAUCCCUCCUCUACCACGCCACCCGUACCGCCUCUGGACAUCCCGACAUCGCCCCUCGGUUCCCGACAACCCUACAAUUUCGCCUCCGCACUCCAAUUGUGGUCGAUCGCAUGGCUGGUGCGGGCGGGUCCUGCAUUUCCGCCGGCGUGAAUGAUGCGCUCCAAGCCUGCUGCGUCUUCGCUGCAGAAGACGUACGAUGAGUGCUAUCUCUCGUGCUCCACGGCUGUAUACUUUGAGGGGCAGAACAAUGAAGAUGAAGCUUUGAGAGCAUGGCGCUCUGCUCUAGACACAAUCUCUUAUCACAACGCCUACCGACUGUCGUCGACUUAUACACCCAAGAACGAAACGGAAAAAGCACUCCAAGAUUCGAUCCGCCAGCUAGAACUCCAGUGCCGAGAGCGAGUCGAUCUCUUGGAAGCUCUUCGUGAAAGCAGAAAAGAAGCACAGGAGAAGGACAGUCCCACCACGAGCGGUGUCAGCCACCGAUUCUUCAAAGGCAAAUCGGCCUCAAAGUCACCUACUUCGAACACAGCCGGUUGGAUCGGAGACGGGACGGUACCUCCGGUGGAUUAUACGGACUUAUCUCGACCGCCGCCGAUCCCAGGACGUCCAGCACCGGUGACGCAGGCGAGCUCAGAAUCGGUUAUCCAAGACAGCAGCGUUGCGUCUGCGACUAGCUUACCAGCAUUACGAAUCCCAUCGCAUUCGUCCGGCAAAAACCAGUCUCGCAACUCGAGCCCCGAGAAACGGAAGACGAUGCCUACCACUCUGCGCAAGUCGGACGGGCACAAGAAGCACGGCAAGAACAAGGAGACUCUCCGGCGGAAGGAUUUGCGGCCGGCUGCGUCUCAGGCUGCGGGUUUAGCCUGGGGAAACAUCUACCGGCUCCCCUCAGCAUCUGGGAAUCUAGCAAGUGACGCCGCAAUAACGUCCUCGCGGCAAAGCAUCUCCAGUGACUCUGGGUUCCGGAAAGAUUCCGGUCAGUUCAGGUCCCACUCCGGGGAUGAGCUUGUAUCGAAGAAAAAGGUGGCAGACGACUCAGAUGGCCGGGAGCCUCGACCUGUCCGGUCUUCGCGACGGGCAAACAGUAACACAACCACGGUGCCAACGCUAACAUCAUCUCAUCACUCCCCGGCUGGUGAGGUCCGGCAGCCGUCAGGCAGUCGGAGCAGGACGCUCGCCCAGCCAUCGUCGGAGCCUGUUGACAACCCUCAGAGUAGUGAUAGGCCCUCCGUGAGACCCAAACCUGUUGCACUCAGAGCAUCACCUCAGUGUCCACAAUCGAGCAAUAUUGGCCCAACCUCAUCCCCUGUCAGAAAAACGAGACCCGAGACCACAACGAGCAUUUCGGACAACCCGCAAAGCAAGGCCACAUCGAGAUCUCGGAUCAACUCCGCGUCGACAGGAAAGCCUGUCUCCCGAACCCAACCUGAGGAUUUGAGUCCUUCCAUGAGGCAACUGGAGAUAUCAGACAGUUCUACUCGACGCAAACCACAACCUGCGCAUACAGUUACGCCGCCUUCAAGCGAUCAAGAAUCAACGGGCCCGAAGUCGAUAGACGCGGACGAGGAAGAGGAAGAAGACGGAGACGAGGACAGUUCCAUUACAGAUGUCAUGAACAAGCUGCCCAAGGGCAUUGACCCUAAUGCGGCCCGGCAGAUCCUCAAUGAUAUCGUCGUUCGAGGUGACGAGGUGCACUGGGAUGAUAUCGCCGGACUGGACGCCGCCAAGAAAGCGCUCAAAGAAGCCGUUGUCUACCCGUUCCUUCGCCCGGAUCUCUUCUCUGGGCUUCGUGAACCCGCUCGAGGGAUGCUCUUGUUCGGCCCACCGGGGACAGGUAAGACGAUGCUCGCUCGAGCUGUAGCCACGGAGUCGCAGUCGACCUUCUUCUCUGUGUCCGCGUCAACAUUAACAUCCAAAUGGCACGGCGAGAGCGAGAAGCUGGUUCGAGCGCUGUUUGGGCUCGCGAAAGCAUUGGCUCCAUCCAUCAUCUUCGUUGACGAGAUCGACUCGCUCCUUUCGUCGCGCUCCUCCGGAACAGAACAUGAAGCCUCGCGGCGAUCGAAGACGGAGUUCCUGAUCCAGUGGUCGGACCUACAACGAGCGGCAGCCGGUCGUGAACCAUCAACGAAGAAAGGCCGGGGAGACCCCAGUCGGGUGCUCGUCCUGGCAGCGACCAACAUGCCUUGGGAUAUAGACGAAGCGGCUCGUCGACGAUUCGUCCGCAGACAGUACAUUCCCCUGCCCGAGCACCAUGUCCGCGACCAACAGCUCCGCAAGCUCCUGAGCCAUCAGGUGCACGAACUGGAUGACGAGGACAUCGAAGUCCUCGUCCAUGUCACAGAGGGCUUCUCCGGCUCCGACAUCACCGCCCUCGCCAAAGACGCCGCUAUGGGUCCCCUCCGCAACCUCGGCGAGGCCCUCCUCCACACCCCCAUGGACCAAAUCCGUCCCAUCCGCUUCCAAGACUUCGAAGCCAGUCUCAAAUCCAUCAGACCCAGCGUCAGCCGCGACGGACUUCGCGAAUACGAGGAGUGGGCCAGGAAAUUUGGCGAACGGGGCGGCUGAUUUUCUCCGUUCUGCACUUCACACAUCAUCUUGUUCUCUGUUGCACGUCGUGUAGGCAGAUUCGAAGCAAUCGGCCGGUUGCACGUCACCUUCAUGUUGAAGUCUCAUCGUACAUGUUCCUCGGUACUUGGUGUUUUCGCACAGCUUGUUUCGGCGCGAUCUUACUCGGGUGGUCUACAUGUCAUGUUAUGGUUGGUUGUUCGGGUGGUUUUCGGUUUGAAGGGGUUCCUGGUGUAUAGGUACAUACAUAGUAUUGGUGGCACCGGAGGAGCAGGCGCUUUUUUGAAACGACUUUAUAGUAUCCCUGGCGUCCUUGGUUGAAUUUGGUGAUCUCGAUGUUAUGUUAAGAGGCAUGGAUAAGGUAGGAUCGGAGUCUCAGUGCUCGUCGUUACAUUGGACUUUGCAGGUGCAGCUUUCUAUGCUCAACCAUCGAUAUCUAGCGGUACUCUGUGACCUUGACGCCAC